UACCAGGAGAUCCAGAAGUCCAAGUCCUAGAAAUGAUCCAGCGAACCGUCGACCUACAAGUAACGCAGUGGUACCUUACAACCCUCUGAAUUCUCAAUUUUCCAGCAGAACUCCAACUGGACCCGCUCCUUUUCAACCUUUGCCAUUGCCAACUCCGUCAUACUUGCCACGGCAUCGUUCGCCCUUACCUCCUCCAACAGGCGAUCGAUUUGAGCGACUUGGUAAUAUAAGACCAACGUCAGCAUCUGGAACCUCUAAGAAUAAAAAGUCAGGAAUUGGGACCUUGAAGAAAAACAAACCAGAAACUGGAACCUUAAGGCCUCCAAUUCGUUCAAAUCCUUCUAUCUCUUCUGGGUCUGCACCCGGACCAUCUUCAUUAAAGGCUUCUAAGCAUUUAAAAUCUCUGCCAAGCCUUCAGCAGCUGAGUCAUCAAGUGCCUCCAACAUCUACCCAUCCGCAACCAACUUCCAACCAUCCGCAAUCUUCAACAUCAAGCAACCCACAACCAUCAACAUUCAGCAAUUCUGCACCAGUACCAAGCAAUUCUUCAACUUUCCAACCACCAGUUCCAGCUUCUUUAACUCAAGCUAGCUUAGAUCCUGCUGAGCAGAAACGCUUAGCUCGUCAGCAAGCCAAAGCAGCCAAGAACCAGAUCAAGACUGGAAAGAUCGUCAAGAACAAAGCACAGCUGGACCAGGCUGCUCAGAUGACCACUAUUGAAGGGACGAAGUAUCCCAACAGAGCAGCGGUUAAGUGCAGUGAUCCUAAUGUUCCACCUCAGAGUUGCUUUGAUUUCUACGUACUAUCAGUUUCCUGGGGGCCCGUCGCCCGGGUGGUAAGAUUAGGCGCUUCGGAGCAUCUUACAGAAAAAAUCCGAUCAGAAUGGACCUUGCAUGGACUCUGGCCCUCCUUGAAUAACUUCAAUCGUGUUCCGGAAAGUUGUAAUCUGAAUAUACCCUGGAAUUCUGCGCAGUUGAAAUCGAUAUAUACUUCGAUGAAGAGGAAAUGGUUUACAACGUACACUAGGUACAGAGUUGUUGAACAAUUCUGGCGGCACGAGUGGGAAAAACAUGGCCGCUGUGCAGCGAGGUCGCACUUUAUUAACAGAGACAUUCUUGCGUACUUUAAAUUAGGCUUAAGGCUUUUUGAUCAGGCCAAUGUUCAGGAGAAACUCAGGAGGGCUGGCAUCACUGCUAGUACCACGUUGUCAAUUAGGGAAAUGCGGAAUGCUAUCUCUAAUGCACUGGGCACUCGGGUUAACCUUCUGCAUAUUGAUUAUCCGAAUUCAACGGAAACAUAUCUAGCUGAAAUUAUAAUAUGUUACACCAUGGAUUUCCGACCCAUGGAUUGUCCGUCGCACCAUAAAUAUUACAACAACGACAUCAAGGAUAAAUCGAUAAUCCUCGUCCCAGAUAUUGUUCCCGAACACAAAAUCGUAUGGAAAGACCCCAAUGAAUCUUAAUUGAUUGACAUGAAUCAUCUUUCGCAUCAAAAAGACACGAAAGUACAAGAUGGACUUACGAAUUAUCGGCAAAAAAUUAUGAUCAUGAUUAAACAAAAAUAAAUUAA